AGGAAAGUCAGCUGACUCAACGACAGCGAGAAGACUGGACACAUUAGAGCUUUCGGCUAAAGCUGCGAGUUUGGAUCUGUAACCAGUUAGCAAGCUAGCCAUGUCUGCGUACCCCAAAAGCCACAAUCCGUUUGCUGACGAUGACGACGACGAUGGGGUAGAGGACUUCAGAUCUGGCGGAGGCUGGGAUGACUCCAGGGACAGCCGGCUGAGCGAGGCAGAGAGGCGCCAGAGACAACUGCAACAGGAGGUGAUGCGGACAGCGCAGUCCGCAGUCGACAGCAGCUACCGGUCCCUCGGCCUUAUAUACGAAUCAGAAAAAAUGGGCACGGAGACUGCAGAGGAGCUGAUGCGGCAAGGCGAGGUCCUGAAGAGAACAGAGAGGAUGGUGGACAACAUGGACGAGGACCUGAAGACAAGCCAGAGGCACAUCAAUACCAUCAAGAGUGUCUGGGGUGGGUUUGUCAACUACUUCAAGGCCAAGCCAGAGACCAAGCCCCCCCCACCAGAGCAACCUGCGCAAUACCAGCCGAGCAGCAAAUUGCAGAAUGCACUGGCUGAGAGCAAAGAGCAAGAGCACAAAUAUCAAGAAAGCCACCCCAACCUUAGGAAGCUGGACACAUCAGGAUUUGGAGCUUUGGGGUCAACACCAGACGACCUUCCAUCCAGUCAGAAUGGCUACUCCCAAAACAAAUACCUUAGAACUGCUCACAAACAACUGGAUGACAACUUGGAUGAAAUGUGCUCGGGGCUGAGUCGACUGAAGAACCUGGGCCUGGGCCUGCAGUCUGAGAUCGAAGACCAGGAUGCCUCCAUCGACAACCUCCUGGGCAAAGUGGACAGGAUGGACAUGAAGAUCAACAGCACAAAUCAGCAGCUCAAGAAACUCAAAUAAAUGGCGGUCCGCCUGUAGUUCAUGCCGCAUUUUGGAAUGCGGUGCCGAAUAUCCUCCAAGAGCCUUAUACUUUUAAUAAAGUUUUGAAAUGUAUAUUGAUGUGCACACGCUCAGCGUCGAACUAUACCAACUAUAUUCCCACACCCUCUGAAGGAAGGACCCACAUUUGUCAUCUGUCAAGUAUACUUCUGUCAGGUCCCAUUGAGAGACAGGUGAAGUUACAGUUUGUGGCGUUUCCACAGUGAAGUCACUGCAACAUAAGACGCCAUCUGAAAGAAGCCAGGGUUUGUAGUGCUGACCACUCCUGGUGCCUAUAUUGAAGUGUCCUGUUUACUUAGAGCAUGUUUGGCAUUUAUUUUGAUGGGUUUUUUUUUCUGCAGCUCUCCAAACAAAAAAGCUCCCCAAGGACAUUUCCCACAGAGCCAAAAUUCAGAGGACAAAGAUGGUGAUACCCGGUUUCCAUGACAUGACCAGUUUAUGUGUGUUGUAUAGCAUUUUCACAUCGUUUUAUUAUGCAUAUGUAUCACUAUUAAGUAGAUGGCUCCUCUGGUGCUGAUACCAAGAAUUGUCUUCAAAGUGUGACUUUGUAAACAGCUGCAUAGUUGAAAACUACAUGGAGAAUUGCUGCCAUUGAUUAUUCUUGCAUUUUAUCUGAAAAAGAGGAUCCAUACUAUGUUGUUUAGAGUUUAAAAUGGAACAAAAUAUGGGAAGCCAUGAUAAAUGUGUUGGUUUUGUUUCAAGCACAGGAAGUAUAUGGACACAGAUUUGACCAAUGAAAUACUUACAGCAGCGACAGAUGUUCCCAUGUGUCUUGCCUGGCCUUUAUGUCUCAUUCUUUUGUUGAACAUGUUGCGGACUAUUGCCACCUAUGUUUUAUUUCCUUAAUUGCUGGUUUUGAGAUUGGGAUGUGAGAUGUGGGUGUGACUGUGAAUUAUAGAAAAGUUUUGCAGUUACCGAUUACCUGCCAACUGAGUUUUGGGAAUGGAGAGACGUCUGUGGAUGAGCAGGUCAUGUGGACUGUUUUGUCACAAAGAUGGGUUUCAGUGCCCCAUUCCCCAUUCCAGCACAGCGGUUAAGAAAGAUCAGCUUCUUCCUUCUCAGUAAACACAAUAUCUGUGCACCAUUGCUUUAGUGUUGUGACAAUGUUGCCACAUUGUCAGUAGGGUUGUCUCUGUAUAGUCCUGUAAAGUGAGAUCAUUUUCAUAGUAGAAUAGCUGAUCUCUGCAAUGGCCAUCAAACACUAAUGAGUUAGGAAAAGAAAUAAGAUCACCUAGAUCUGUUCAGUGGAUAAGUUGGAAUAUGUUGGAAAUAAACUCAGUUAAAGAG